UUUACUUGGUUCGGUUAGGUUCAGUGCCGCCAAGCGCCAACAUGAGUCAUGAUGAUGUAACUCUGAUGCUUGUUUAUUUUCCUUUUCUUUUCCCCUUUGAGUCCAAAGGGGAAGCUUGCAGUGAGAAACUCGGAAGGGACGCAAUUUGACAAAUUGUCAGACUCUCAUGCCGAGUCCAAGUCAAUACAACAGUUCAGCUCAGUAACCUUAUCCACGUGAAAACCACAUGCCCUUAACUUCCAGCACAAAUCCUGUCCUCCUUUCAACCCUUAACUCUAACCAUGGUUACUCUUAGCCAACCCAGUAACCCUUUUCUUUUUCUUGCUCUCCUCGCAGCCUUUCGACCACAUUCCUUCUUGGCUGCUUCUCUUUUCAUCUGCAACAAAAUAAUAUGAUAUAUAUAUAUAGAUAUAUAGAUAUAUAGAUAUAGAUACAGUUAUAGAUGUAGGGUUUCUUUUGAAUUGGAUGAAUAAACAAAAGAAAGGGAAAGAUGAUUUCGGUGGCUUUUCAUGAGCUUUCGAGAAUUUGUUUAUUCUAUUCAACAGAAAAGAAGGUUUAGGUUCAUUGGGUUUUUGGAUGGCAGAGAGAGGAAGAAAGGCUGAAAGGGAUGGUUGUUUCCAGAAUUUGGAUGUUGGUCAAAGAUACUAAUCCAGUUGCUUUAUGCUUUCCUACUGAGAGAGAGAGAGAGAGAGAGAGAGUAGUGAUCUGAAAAACAGUGGGUGUCUUUUGUAAUAGUUUUUGGAUUCAAUAUAAAAGCAAAUGGAUUAGGUUGUAGAUUAAGUUUCAUGAAUGAUUUGAUUUAGGUGGUCUGGUUUUUCUGUCUGUGAGUAUAUUUUCAGGUGUUUGGUGGAUACAACAACAGCAAUAAGAUUACUUUUUUUUUUUACCUUUUUCUUUAUAUAAUAUAAGUGGCUGAUGUCUUAUUGAUAAAGAGAUAGAUGGGAAAGAAGAAGUCUCGAAAAACGAAGGCACUUUCAAUAGCAAUAGCAGAAGCUUCAUCAACAGGAGAUAUUGAUCUAUCCCAGCAACAAGCACAGCCUCAGACCCCUAGAAAGAGAGGUAGGCCUCGAAAGAUCGUCGAGAGACCUGACAUCCAAGAUAAAAAAGAAGAAGAACCUGUAUCAGAUGAAGCCCAAGUUGCUGCGAGAGAGAAUCAAUCGAAGAAAGUGAUAAUGGGCGCCAAGGAAGAACAGCAAGAACAACAACAUGAGCAGCAUCAACAAGAACUGCAAAAGCUGAAGGGAGAAGGUUCAUCUGCCUCCAUGAGAGGAAUAAAGAAGGAAGGGAAUCCAGCAAUUCAACCCCUCAGAAGCAGAGCUAGGCGCAAAAGCAAACCCAGAAAGAGCAGCUAGCAGCUGAUAUGAGUGGUAAUAAUAAUAAAGCACACAUUUUCCUUUAUCAACAACGACCCAGCAAUUCAAGAUGCAUAAACCCAAAAGAUUCUUCCUUUUUUUAUGCCUUCAUGCUCAAGAUGUAGCUUUCGGAUUCAUCAUUCGCUUUUCCCUCUUAUCCCGUUGAAAUUUCAAAGAGAGAAAAAAGCAUAUCUUCUUUACCACUUUA